AGCGCCUUAUGCUGUAUGCGCAGGGAGACCAAGGACCUGCAACAAUUCUUCGUCUGUUUCCAAAGGCUGAACGAAGGGGCAGCGAAUGCGGUGUUCAGCAUACAGCCCCACCAAAGCGUCAAGAAUGCAAGCGGCUUCCUGUUCGUUGCCGUCAGAGACUCUGGGAAAAUUGCAACAGUAAUACCAGCCAAGCUGGUGCUUGACAAGGUGCUCAGGGUCAGCAAAGGCCUGCCCAAGAGCCUCAGGUCAGAAGUCAUCGUCGACGGCUUUAUGGCAGACGUACGACCACUGUUCGUGUCGCCCAGAACCGCGACUGGGACCAAUCAGACUCUUGAGGAGAUCAACCUUGAACAGCAUCUCAUGGCUCAUCUUCCUGUGGUGCUAUUUGACGAAGGCAUGUCCGCACUGAAGACUAUGGUCCCAGCUAUCCAAUCGCUGAGUGGCGCAGCCCAAUUUGGCAUCCUACUACCAGACAUGUCCACCGAGUCGGGCCAAAACAUCACUUUUGAGAUCAAGCCCAAGUGGCUAGCACAGUCACCAGCAGCACCACCGGAUGCGAUCCGAUGCCGAACGUGCGCGCUACAGUUCUCGCGAGGGAAAGGCAUACCGGUUGACUACAUCUGCCCCUUGCGAUUGAGCAAUGAGGACCCCGCUGCGGACGCCGAUGUAGCUCACAUCCGACGCUGGGCUACAAAUGCACUGUCAGUACAACUUCGAACCAACACGAACGCCCAACUGCCACAGGAGAUAGCUCUCGAUACGCUCGUCGAUCGCGUAGUCACCUACUUCACCACGGGCGAUGGUCGAAGGCUGCUUCUCCACUUGAAGAAGCUUCAAGCAACCCUGGAUUCAGAAGGUAUACUGCAGCGCUAUGCACGCCCCCGUGACGACUUCAACUUCGUGUACGACCUUCGCCUUGCAAUGACGUUACGGGAUUGCUCUUUGUUCGUGGUGGUGCCGGUCCAUGAUGGCGAUAUCACAUCCAAGCUCGCGGACCUCGACUUCAAGUCUGCAGAGAAGAUUGAUGAUUGGAGAGACAAGGAGACAACCUUGAUCGAUGAAGGCUGGUACACA